AUGCGUCGACCCAGUCUCCGUGUUUCUUCUGCUGUCUUUCCCUCCCCUGUGAAUUGCGCACACGUGCGCACCAGCGCACUGGCCGCUAGCAGGCGCGGACACCAGUUAGGGAGUGCGCACGUGCGUGCGUCUGAGGCCAGCCCACUCACGGGUUUGACAACACACAAACUCACACCACGACGAUGGAGUUCGCGCUCCCCUCUUGCAACUCCCGAGGGCUACGAAACUCUGACUCAUCACCGAACAUGCGUAAACUUGCCCGAAAUUUCGUGUAAUAUUGUGAUCUUGGCUAUCAUCCCACAAUUUGAGCGCCUUGAUUACUAA